AUGAUAAAACUUGACAGUGUUAAACUUAUCUACAAAAUAAAAAAUAAUUUAAUUGAAUCCAGUAUAAACCUGAAAAAUAACUGUGAUAUUCAUAAUUAUCCUACAAGAAAUCGAUAUGAUAUAUUUAUACUUCCUAAUACAUGUAAUACUGGUAGAAAAAGUCUAACUAGAAAUGCAGCUCAACUAUACAAUGAACUUCCAAAUGAAAUUAGGAACCAAACAAAUAUCAAUGCUUUCCAGCGGGCUGUAAAAAAUCUAAUAAUUGAAGAAAAAAACUACAAUACAGAGUAUUAA